CGUUUGCCUGACACUUAAGAGUUAGACAACCGUGCGAUGCAUGAGGUCACGUGACGCUGCUAACAAGGACGUGUGGUUCAACGAGGUUAUCUGGUCUCGAGAGGGCGGUUCCAUUUGUGUCAACAAGGGGGUGUGCGUCGGACGCAAACGUCGUUUUUAUGUGACUUCUUAUUAUAUUUUCUAUGAAUCUAUACAACUGUAUGAUUGCCUUUUUGAUAUUGAUAAAAGGUCGUUAACGGUCCAUAAAGAAAACGGCACCGUCCCUCCACCCAAAUAACCAAUGGACUCUUCUGUUUGGGUAUCAGUAGACGGUUUGUUUACCUGGCUGGUGCGACACCUCACCUUUUGUCAGCCAUCUUGGCUAACUGUGGGUUAGUCAAAUAUUUGGCACAAGAUGGCGGGGCAGCAACAGUUUAUAGUGGAUUACAUCAAGUGGAGCGACGUGGUGCUACCAUUGGAUGUGCUGGUAGAGCAGUACCCCUUGCCACAGAUAGUGAAGUUGGCGGACCAGAGUUUGAGCGAGGUGGCAGACAGUACAAUACUGCUGGUGAGCGUGACCAAGUCGAGCUAUGCAGUUGGGCGUAGUCUGGCGGGAAACAACAGAACUCUUGUUGGCCCGUGGCUAUCCCUACCGCUGUCGUACAACGGUAAAUUCACGUACCUCCAAGACACACCCUUAAGGGACCCGCGUUUCGAUGGCGUGCCGGGGUUAGCGAAAAGUCUUCCGGACAGAGUGGUGGCGAAGCAAGCCGUGUCCGUUCCCAUGUCUCUAGUUAGCUCAAACGUCACAGGUGACUCGGACUAUAAUGUCAUAGCUGUGGCUGCCGGGGACGAACUGGCGUGUCUUGGAGUCCAACACUCAAGCACAGGGACCAUUCCAGUGACAGAAGAUGAAGACGCCACUCCAGGACGCCUGCUGGCAUGUUUGAAUCAGGGGAACGAAUACGUGACCCUCCCGUUUGACUGUAGAUCACAGUUCGUCGCCAUAGCAGGUGGGGUGACAGGGAAAGGGGAAGAGGAAGAAAGCCUCGAAAAAAUCGUCGCCGAAAAUCGCCUGCCCUUGACGGUGUUACAGACGGAAGGGGACAUUCCUAAGUUCUGCGGAGACACCUUCACUGGGGUGAUCAGACUUGCUCACCUUGCAAACAAGGAGGAAACGAUUCUAUCGUGUUUGCUGCGAAAAGAAAACGGGAAACUCAAGUACGAGUUCCUUGAACUCCCCUUGCGAAGCAAAGUGGGCGUGUUGGCUGCUCACGGCAUGUUGGGGGACCAGACUGACUACAACAUCGCCGUGACGGAAUGUUGUGACAAGCUGAGGGUGAACUUGCUGCAGAACAGAGGCCUGCGGGGGAUCACGCGUGUCCUGAGCCGGGACCUUGUGUUCAAGGACAAGUUCAAGCAAAUUGAGGAGGAAACACAGUAUUCAUCCUUCCACGUAGUCGACGAAGAGAGGCUGUACGAGACACUGAAUCCGAGGAAACAACAGUGGGAUAGCACCCUCCCGCGGAGACCGCCUCCCCCCCCACCCACAGGUUCGACUUCACUGGACAUAGACGACGUGUUGGACGAUGAGGGUUACCUGUCCCCUAUCGACCUGCGGCCGCCACCACUACCCCCGCCCCGCCAGACUAGUCUGACGGGAAUCUCACCCUUGAGUCCUCGCAGAAUCACAGUUAAGGACCAGGAGCACGAAUCAGAGUGUGUUUGCAAGAUGGCUGCCUCAGCGAACGGGUUUACUUCCUUAUGUGAAGAACUGAAGAGUUUAACUUGGAAAGACGUGGUAAACCUGGAGUGUGUCGUACAACAGUACAAACUACCACAGAUCCUGCAAGUCCUGGACGAAAACAGCAUCCCUCAAAGCGUGGACAAGAUCACAAGAGGCGAUUUUCUCCUGCUGCAUUCACCUUGGAAUGUUCAAAAAGUUGUGUGUCAAUCUGUGGAAGGGGAGGGACACUACGUCGUCGGGAAUCGCCUGGAAAUUCCCUACGGAUACGAAGGAAAAUUCGAGAUUUUCAACCUCUGGGAACAGGACUAUAAGGUUUUCAACUCUGUAGAGGAAGUGGCCCGUGUGUUUCCGACCAGGGUGUUCGCUUUGGAAGACAUCAACAUCACCAUGGUCGCGGUAGUAAGUGAGAACUCGGACGAUCGUGAGUGUUUCAAGAUUGUGAUCAAAGCGGGACAAGAACUGACCCUCAUGGGACAAACUGAUCUGUACCUAGAGGAGUGGCCAGAUAGAUCCAAGAUGGGGAUAUUCGGCAAGGGGAAAUCCCUGGUGUCCAAGAUCAGACCCAAGAUCAAGAAGACGCCUUGCCUGAUCUGCAUGCACCACACGCAAGCCGAGAGCGUGAAGCUUCCUUACCCGUGCAAGGGGCGCUUUUCCACAGCCAGCCCGGCGGAAAUUCGCCAGUACGAGGGCGCCCAUACGGUCCAAGAGAUAGCCGACAACGUCCGCUUGCCGGUUAGUGUGAAGCUUGUUCAGCCCCCUGCACAGAAUGCCCAUGAUGAAUACAGGAUUCAGAAGAAGGCCUCUCUGAAGUUCUUACAGAAGGAGGAAGGCCAAGAUGUCAUCGCAGCAUGUGGACUUAAGGAGGGAGCAAGGAAGCUGUUCCAAGUAGACGCAAGACUGAAACCUGUCUUCAGGAUAGCCGACCAGGCAAAGCAGAAGACAGAGCAGUACCAGACUUUGUUGCGGGAAUGCAUGCAGCUGUGGACAGAUCAUGACGUCGACGCGUACUUCAGAGCAAUCAGAAUCCACCGCUCUAGAAAGCAGAGGAACUCGAGAGACUUGAGCAACCAGAGUAGCGUAGAUCGCGACGAAUGCCCCGUACCGCCACCGCGUCGCACCAGUAGGCACAUAGGGAGACACCAGGUCGAAGACUCGCCUAGAUCAAAAGUCCUGAGCAAAGCCCUGCCCCCGCCUCCGACAGAGGAGGGCCAGGCUCCUGAUGGACACGAGAUCCCGUAUGACUUCCUGUGGCCAGGGACGGGAAGGAUAGACACUUCCAACAGGGACAGUGCAGGGAGCUCCGAGGAGCAGCCACAGCUCGUGGACCGUAAGGAGUUGGACAAUGCCCUGCACGCAGCAGCGGAUGAAGAGCCCUCAGACUUUGAAUAUCUGGAGGAUUGGGAGGACUGGUCAGAGAUGGAUAACAGGCAUCGCAACGGUGAAGGGAACAACAACAACAAGGCCGCGGCCCACUCACGGAUUCAGCAAGCAUCCAACAGAGACAGAUAUCGAAACGACAGAGGCGUGACAGAGAGCAACACUCUAAAUUCACUUGUCAGCAGCGAUGAGAGUCAGGCAUACGAACUCCUUGUAGAUAUUGGGAAGAGCAAGUCUCUUCCUUGGGACACUAAGCCAACUUCUCCGACUAGCGCUGACUUGGGUGACGUACCCCCUCGACCCCCCAGGAACCCCACCGCCACACCCCCACCCCUUCCCCUGAGUCCCCGCCCUUCCAUGACCAGUUUGAGUGACAGCCAAAAAUCAGGCCAAACAUCACCUCAGCUUGACAGGUUGGGUCAAAGGUCACCUGUCGAAGGCCCGCCCGUCCUCCCGCGGGGAAUGCCCCCCACCCACAGUUCUGUCUCCAGCUUGAGUGACAGCGACCCCCCUCCCCUCCCCCCUCCUAGGCUUCCUCCCCGCCCCAUGCCCAGCAGGGCAAAGUCAGAGAACAGGUCGGAGAGUCCGUCGGACUUUGAGGACCUGGACAGUCUGAGCAUAGACGGAUCUCAGGAGAGCGACAGCGACAAAAGGUCGCCUCGGGUGAACAGCAGCCCCUUCGUUACGGACCCUGACUGGAUCCCACCGGAUAACCUGUCAACCCUGACCGUGCAGGAGGUGUCGCAGUGCCUUCGCUACAUCGGGACACCGGACAAUGUGGUACAGCAGUUCUUUCGGGAAAGGAUUGACGGCCAGAUGCUCAUACAGUUAGACAAAGACAUUCUCAGCCAGGAAUUCAGGCUCAGUGGCCUGCAGACUAAGAAAAUCUCUGAGUUCAUCAAUGGCUGGAGACCCAGACUAUAGUUAGGACAAUUGUGAGUGGGAGGAGCUUUGUAGAUAAAAAUGGAAGCAAUGCCACAAUGACUCUGAGGCCAACUUGGCGAGCCAUUCUCAAUCUUCACCUGUAUCAAUACCAUCCAGAAUAUUCAAGUUCUUCUGCAGAAACUGGAAAGAGGCAAAGCCAAGAACCAACCAACUAACUUGGUAUAGCCUUCACAGCAUUUGUUACCAAAGUACCAAAGUAACAUAUCUUAAAUAAGACUAAAGAAACCACUACUGUAAAAGCAAUGUUAUCUUCAAUCAAAUAGGAAGUCAUUUAAGGAUACAGGCCUAGCUAAAGGUUAUACUUAUUCAUGAUUUCUUGUAACAUGUCUCAAAAUACCAUGUUUAUGAAUAUCACAAUUUAUAAGUGGAACAUUUGUCUAGUAUCUUGCUUUUAUAUGUAAUAGUUUUGCACGUUUCAAACAUGAAGUUAUGGGGAAUUGGUCUGCUUGUUUGAAAUGUAAAACAGAUUAUAAUCCCCAUACUCCAUAGACAUAUGAAUAGUUAAAGCAGUAGUAUAUUGUAUAGCAAGUGCUAAAAAAAUAUGCUUUAAACAAUUGUGUUUUGUACAUUCAUACCAGAUUAUGACUGGCAUAUACGUGCCUAAAUUCUUUAAAAAAUUAUUUAAAUAUUAAAGAAACUUAAUUAGCUAUUGAACUAGAUAAAUUGAUUAUUAUAAGAUUUCAAUCUGUCAUGCAAUAUUAUGUCUGUUGUGAGGAGUCGACUUAUUUUGCUUCUACUUUUGUAGUAGGUAAAAACUUCACUUUUGAUAAUAUUGUACUCCCACCUGUUCUAGUUAUGUCUGAUCUAUGUCAGGUUAUGCUAACACCACUGUAAAGUACAGAUAGAAGCAAAGCUAUGAUUAGGAAAAUGUUAGGUAUACUUCUUACAGUAAACAAUACUAGUAAGCAAUAGGGGCCAUGAUGAUCGAGAGUUUAUGUCAUGGGGAAUUGUAGCAAACUGGUCUGAUUUUGAGGCAGUUUCAUUUUUAAGGAACUGCAAUUGAAAGGAUGGAUUUAAGAUUUCAGAACAGAAAGUACUGUUGGAAAGUCUUUCCUUUGUAACAAAGUAGUACCUACGUCGGUACCGGAUGUUUGCAAAGCUGGAAGACCAUUGAAGGUCUUAGUUUUGAUACAGUUUUAGGGAAAACCUGUUUAAACUUAAAGGCACCCAAUGCAAUACAGUAGAAGCCAGUUAAUUGCACAACGGAUUAACGCACACUUCCGUUAACUGCACAGAAUCCCAAACUGGUGCGGUCCAUUUAAACAGCUUCGCAUUAUUGCACCGUCCGGAUAAUUGCAUGAAAUUCACUGGCAAAUAGGCCGUGCAAUUAAGCGGAUUCUACUGUAUUAUUGUCUUGAAACUUGUUUUUGUCUGAACGGUGCCCACGCCGCUGGGGUUUCAAAUUUUUUCGGAACGCACGCGAACAUGACCGUUGUGUCCAAACGCUAAAUCGGCACUUGUUCGAAUCAGGUUUCGAUUUGCGAACGCAGAUUCAAUUCGCUCAUUGUCUUCAUGCAUGUGUUUGGAAAUCACUGAAAAUUACCAACAGGAAACCGUUAUUGGCUCGAUCCUGUGUUGAUUUAUUGUGGGCCACAAUAAAUAGAGGGGUCCGUUUGUGGCAUAUUUGUGCUAUCUUUUUAAAUGCUAGAAAGUCCAACCUCUGCAAGACAGGGAAGAACAGACGCUAAACUGGAUAGUGAGUGAGUGAGUGAGUGAGUGAAAGUACAAAAUAAUUAUACAAAUGUGGUAGAAUGGUGAAGUAAUUGUUUUACCAGAAUAUUUCAAAUUUUAAUGCUUUAAAAUUGCAUUGGGUGCCUUUAAGGUGUUAUGUUCAAGAAGAUGGAUAUUUGCACAAAUAACUUGUUUUCUCCUCCAAUUCAAGUAUAACAUAAAUCAAAGGCUGUUUUGAUUUGAUAUCUGUUUUGCGUUCACAGAGACAAUGGUCUCUCACAUUUUGAAAAAUGAAAGCCACAGAAAUGUGUAUGAUUUACCAGUAUGUAAACAAACAAACGUUUACUAACCAGAUUUGUGUGUGGAAUGGGAUACCUUUAAGUACAAAUGUAAAACCUAGCAGUUGACAUAUGAACAUAUGAUAGUUUUACUGUCCCUUUUCAUUAUAUAUGCAUGAGAAUUCUGAUUUAUUAUUUCAAAUUACUAUCUAAGUAUGUAACAGAAGGCCUUACAUGUAUCGCUACUGCACCUUUAUCUGCGGGGGGGUAACCUAUAUCCGUUCUUUUUAAAAGUCAGGGUUUUUUGGGAUAUCAAGUCAACAGAUGGCGGUUUCAAAUUGCAACAUUUUGACUAGGACUGGGCACUGGUACACUGCACUGGUACAAAACCGUUUUUUCUCAUUGGACCGGUCCAGAAAAACCGGACCUGAACAAAAUUUGGUGGACCGGAUGUUGGACCUAUUGGAAAAUUAACUGAUUAUAUGAUCAGGCAUUCACACGUUUUCGGGAUUACCAGUCUAGGCAAAUAACAAGAGCGAAGCAUAGUAGACUAUAUAGUCAUUUUUACCAACUUUUACAGUCAAUUGUACAGAGGUAGUUAGACUUGUAGGAUUUUUAAGAUGCCAGUGGGAGUCAAAUACUACACAAAACAUUUCUUUAUAGCAAUAUGGACCAUUGUAUUAUACAUUGAGUAUCGUCCAUUCACAAGUUUUCACAUAAUGAAUCAGGUUCAGGUCCAGACCUGGACCUGAUCCUCUGGACCUGAACCGGACCUGAACCUGAAUUGUCUGUACCGGUACCCACCCCUAAUUUUGACAUAAAAAUGUUUAAGAUGUUGCAGUUUCAAACUACUGUUGAAUUGAUAUCCCUAAACACCCUGGUUUUAAAACAAUGGAUACAGGUUACUCUUUGGAUGAAGGUGAACUAGUGUUUAUUCAAAUUCUGACAGAAUUGCAAACAAUUUUAGUUGUAUGUGCCAAAUCUCUACCACUGUAAUUGAUAUCCAUUUUGUAAUCUCAAAUCACCAAAUCUUUAAGAAAGGUAUACAGGUUUUGAUUAUGAUAUGAAGUGAACCAGGCAAUAUUGCAAACAUAACUGACCUCGCAACAAUUUCAGGACAGUCAUUUGAUAACUUGAUGAUAUAAUAGUUUGUAUAUUUUACAUUUGUACAAGUUUAGAUAGUGCACAUCCUUAAGCAAGCCAAGGCUGACUAAAAAUAUAUUAGGAAGUUCUGAUUCGGACAUAACAUUAUAUUAGAAGACUAUUUGUUGUUAAUUGUUCUUAUGCUAUUGUUGUACUUGUCAACUCUUUGUUUUGUUAUUCAGAGGUCUGCUAUUGCAUACACAUUGAUAGAUGUAAUUAUAUCAGACAAAUGUCUGGUAUGUAUACAUAGCAGAGUGUAUUUGGAACUAGGAUUGAUAAAUGGAUUUUUUUAUUAGAUAUUUCACCUGAUAUCAUUUCAAUACAAGAUGCAAUACAUCCUUCAA